AUGGCUUUGGUCAUCACUUGUGGUGGCGGUCCUGACCACAAAAGCAUUGGCUUCCAGUAUUGGUCAGAUCCAGGUCCUUUCGUAGCAUACCUGGGCUAUCCAGGCUCACUGGGACAUUUUCUCGGGUUCUGGACAACCUUUAGUAACGCCGUUUACGCAUACUCUGGGAUUCAGAACAUUUCCAUCGCCGCUUCUGAGACACAAAACCCGCGCAGAAAUAUCCCAAAGGCAGCCAAGAGAAUCUUCGUACGUGUGUUGCUCUUCUAUGUGCUCACCAUCUUCAUGGUUGGUCUCGUGGUUCCAUCCAACGACCCACACCUGUUGAAGUCUACUGGUACUGCUUCGCAAUCACCUUUUGUCAUUGCUGCAUCUCGUGCUGGUAUUAAAGUCGUGCCAUCGAUCAUCAACGCAGUCAUCCUAACUAGUGCUUGGAGUUCUGGUAAUGCUAGUAUGCUCGCCGGCUCUCGCAUCCUAUAUGGAAUGGCAAGAGAAGGUCGCGCACCCAAGAUCUUUACAAAGACGAACCGAUUCGGCAUUCCUUGGGUCUCGGUCAGUUUGUUCAGUAUCUUCUUGUGUCUCGCAUUCUUGUCGCUAUCUAGUGGCGCUAACGUUGCCUUUACAUGGCUGCAAGAUCUCGUUGCAGUCGCUGCCAUGGUUGACUGGAUGGUCAUUUGCCUGGUAUAUCUGCGCUUCUACUACAGCAUGAAGAAGCAAAACAUCUCACGCAGCGAGCUUCCAUGGGCUGCCCCAUUGCAACCAUAUCUUGCAUGGACAUCGCUCGUCGCCUUUAGCAUUCUGCUGCUGACAGGCGGUUACGUCAGUUUCCUGCACGGACAUUGGAGCACUGAGACGUUCAUCUCUAGUUACUUCAACAUUCCUUUGUUCCUGAUCUUGUAUCUCGGAUACAAGAUUGUCAAGAAGACCAAGAUUGUACCUUUGGAGGCAUUGCCUAUUCGCCAUUUCAUCGAUAUUGCGAAUGCCAAUCCUGAGCCUCCUGAGUUGCCAAAGGUGGGAUGGCACAAGUAUAACUUUUUGUGGGAAUAG